AUGGUCAAGACCUCGACUGCCACUGGCUGGUCUGCGCUGUUCCUCGCUGCACAAGUGGCACUUUCGCCGGUGGCAGGUUCACCGCUGAAUGUGAUCGAGACGCCUCUCCUGGAGAGGACCCACUCUGCUGGGCAGAAGCGCGAUCACUCACUCACAAUGACCUUCUAUUCUGAAGCGAACUGCGAUGGCACUCCUUUCUUGCUGAGUGACACCGGGUCGUCAGCGGACGCUGGGGAGACCGGUUGCUUCGCUCCGUAUGAUCCCUCCAAUGGUAACCAGAAGUGUGCAAAGGCUGUAAAGGUUUCAAUCCACAGUACCUGGUCGGGCACAGGUUAUGUCCUCUCCUUGUACCAGUACCCGCAGUGCAACGGGGAAGUACACUCCUUUUACCACGACAAUGUUAGCCCCGAGACCUGGCCUGUCUGUUAUCCCCUUCCGGAUAGCAGCUGCUUCGACAGCACCCGUAUCGCCUUUUUCUGA